AUGGCUGCGAUUAUUCCGCAAAAGUAUCCCGAGGUAUCAUGGGAAGAGUAGUCUAACUUCCCCAUCCGGAAAUAUCCAAAUAUGGGCAUAAAAUUUUAUCGAGCCAGCGAGACUAUUAUUUUUGUUAGCGGUUAUUUUCAAUAUGGAGGAUAUACGUAGUCAUGAAACCAUGUAAGACAAUUGUAGCAACUUUUCCUGUUCAUAUUUCUUUCAGGGAAAGAAGCUGGAGAUGUCUUUCACCACCAUUAACUCUCUGCAAGAUCGAGAAGCCAUUCGCGUGAAAGCAUUGGUGAGUUUUUCUAACUGAUUGAAACUUUGCGAUAGUCGACUGAUCUUUUCUUUUCGGUCGACGUUAUGACGACUAAUGAUUUAUUCAUUCUAAAUGUGAACAAUGUUUUUGUUCUUUUCGUCUCAGUUAUAUGAUGGCAGUUUGGUUAGAUGUUUUUCCGUUGAUCCACAUAUCACUUCCUUUAAUAACAUUCAUCAUUUAUUGAAACGAGCUUUCCAACUCCAAGGGUAAGUGUGUGAAUUUAAACAGUAGAGUCGAAGUCAGUGUUAUUAAAAGUUAAUAUGAAUUGAUUUGAAAAAAUGACAUCCUACUAAGCUGCAACCAUUCAUAAAUAUCAUUUUCCAAAAAUAUGUUUUCUAAUUGUUCAUAUUUUUAAAAAGUCGAGGGUAUCUUUUCACAAGGGUGUUGAUUGCGUUUGUGAUGUUGAGGCCCAUGUCCUAACUGAGGAUUUGCUAAUAAACAUUUAUUGGAUGAAGUUUUUGUGAUAUCCAGGAUAAUCAAGGUCAGGGAAAGUGUUAUCAACCGAGCCGAAGGCCAAGGCUGAUAACAGUUACUGAGACCUUGAUUCUUUAGGAUAUCACAAAAACUGAAUUUAAUAAUUGUUUUAUUAUACAUUGUUUUGAAGAAAAUAACUACAAACACACUGUUGCAAAGAACCUGAAUGGAUGUUGUUAUCGGAAAUCAUGCAUUGCACGCGCAACCUAUAGAUUAGUCAGUUAUCUGCUAGUAGAUUACUAAUUAAUCUGUAGGUUGCACUGAUUUCCAAAAUUAGCUGUCAGCUCUUGGCCAAUGAGAGGACAGGUAGUGAGUACAAUGUAUAAUAGUGCUUUUUAUGAUUUAUGUAAGUGAUCGGAUAUUUUGCUGCUUAGGCAAUUUAUAAUCACUCAUAUGGAUAACAAAACCACUGCAAAUUGCACCAAUUAACACAAGUAGACCAGCAUUCACCCACUGCUUGUUUUUGACAUCUCCGGGUAAUAAGUGAACAGUAGCUUCCACUUCAGACUGACUUUAGUCUAUUGAACAUCAGUUUGUUUGCUUUCAAAACACCUUUGGAAGCUGCUUGAAAUAAAACUAACACAAACAAUAUGAAACAUAAUUAUGUGUUGUCAGCUGAAUUCAUGUGCCUGCUUGAUGCUUAUUAGUUCUCAAACAAAAUAUUCUUUUGUUUUAGUGAUUGGCACAUUUGAAUAAUAGAAAAAAUGUUUACAAACAUAAGCUAUCACUGUAGAGGGCUCUAUCUCAAAGAUUAAUUUCCCUAGAAAAUGUUUUAUUCUUUAUCUGCCUAUAGUAAGCACAUCAUGGAUUCCUCUUAUAAGUGUGUCAAAAUCUUGCGGUCAAAUUUAGGUUUUUUCUCAUGGGCGGAAAUCUUCCCCUUUGUGAUAAGAUGGUUUGUAUGUGUGGGAAAUUUGAUUUGAAACAAAAUAAUUUCUUGGGUUAGUUAAUACCUAGCCUGAGAAAGGAGCCAACAUUUUGCGCCACCACCACUGGUUUCCCCGCAGAAAUGAUGAUGGCUCCUGGGUAGUGCUUUUGAUUGGCUGAAGCAAAUUUCCCACAUAGCACAACCAGUCAGAAGCACUACCCAGAUCUGGUUAGUGACGCAUCAUCAGUAUGGAUUUUCUGCACUCGUUUCUCAGAUGUCAUUUCAGAGGGAAACCACUGGUGGCGUUGCAAUGUGUCAGCUGUUUUCUCAGGCCUGUUUACUGCAGAUGGUGGGGAUUCAGAUCCCAAGAAAUGGACCUACACUACUGUUCAGAAAGAGUACGGGACAUAGAGUUCUUGGUGUGGCCUGUCUGGAAGCACAUGUGAGAGCAGAGAGCCUCUUCUCUCUCCAUAGCACAUUUCUGUUUUGGUAUAAUCUUGCUGUUGCCUUUUAGUUUACACUCAAAUAUGUUUCUGUUUAAUCUCGUAGAGACUUCGAAAUAUCUUACCAGCUUCCACAAACCAGUGAAAAUGGCAAGAGACCUGAUGUUUUCCUCUCUCUUACAUCAGACUUUGAUCUAGAUGCUGCAUUCAUGACUGCUUCUUUACCAUUUUUGAGCCUCAAGAUUGAACCUGUUAUCUGCUCAGGUGAAAUUUGCAUGAUCCUUUUAAAGUUUGUCACAACAGUGUUUUUUUGGCAGUUAGUAUGAUUAUUGAUGUUCAGAAAGCACAUCAUCUAAAGCAACAUGUGUUUCUGUUCUGGCUUGGUUUUAGUAAGAGUUGUUCUUAUUGUGUUUGUUUCUUGUUAGACAUGCCCUAGAUUGAAUUUUACAAUCAACUCCAAAUUAUUGAAGAUUCUUGUAUGCUAUUAAAUGCUGUAGUCAUGAUGACAAAAUAAUGUGAUAUAGAGAAUCACUGUGAAGAAACUGAGAUGGGCAUAUGAAGGGCUAUUUUUGGAGCCUUAUGUUUUGCUGUUGGGCAAAAAACUCCUAAUUUAUUAUCAAAUUAUCUUUAGGUAUUAUGAUAAUACUAUUUAAUUUUUUACUCAAAAUCAUCCCCUUUCGUCCUUUGUCAUCUCAGGGCAUUACUAAUUUGAAUUUUUGCAAGAACACUGUGGGUACCAUGGAUACAAAAUUUCUCUUGAUAUUGAUUUUGUGAGAAAAAGAUAUGAGAACCUUUUGGGUCCCCUCAUUUAUUUAAGGAUUCUCUUCUCUAUAAAAAUAAAUAGGCUCAAGAUAUCUCAGAUUUCAAUUUAUUUUGAGUGAGUGCCCACUCACUUUUGAGGGUGUCUUUGUUUAAAUGUAAAUGGUAUCCUGAAAGUGUACUGUAUAAUGUAUGAUGUUGUUGUACCAGUUGUCAGUAUUUAUUAUUUACUUUUUGUGCAUAUAAUCUAUUCUAUGCACAGACCUGCUAUUUUUUCGUAAGAGAUAAUGUCAGGCGAGCUUAUUAGAAUAAAACUGUGGGUAAUUUUUUUGGCUGCUAGUGCAACAGUGGGAUGGAUAAAUGAGAAAAUAGAAAGUCUGUGGAGAUUUUUGAGAGCAACUUAAAUUUGCUGUCUCCAGUAGAAGCAAAUCACCAUUGGCUAAACAGUGAUUAUCCUGUUACCAUCAUGUCAACUGCUUACAUAUCAUGCUUGUGUCAUGUGGCUUGCAGCAUUUCUGUUUUCUUUAACAUGCUUGCCACAUUGUGUCACUUUUCAUAAUAAAGCCCAAUAAAUUGAUUGUAACAUACUGGCAACUUGGGCUUAAAAUUAAUGUAGCCUUGAACUACAGUGGAACCUUGAUAUAACAAAGGGCCAAGGGACUGGCAAAAUAUGUUUGCUAUAAUGAGAUUUUGUCAUAUAAGUUUUUUUUGUCAUAUAGUUCACUAUUACUGGGGAAGAUAGAAUUGUGUUAUACUGAGGACUUUGUUAUACAGAGGUUCAUUAUAUCAAGGUUCCAGUGUAUCAUAAUGGAGAGCAUGCUUGAUGACUGCUGAUGGAGAUUUUCAAGGUGGAUUCUUUUUUCAAAGUGGAGCAACAGCAAGCUAUGUUAACCUUAAUACCAUAACCUUAAUCGAGGCUUAAGAUUUUGUGGAAGAGUGACCCAUAUGAGCUAUACUUCUUUUGUUUCUGAUAAGGUUUUUUUUUUCUGUCACAGAUGAAGGUCAAAAUGACUGGACAUUCCUUGAAGCCACUGAAGCUCCCCUGACAAACAAUGUACAAUCCACUGGGGUCUCCACAAAUGUGCCUUUUCACAUAUCUUUGAAACAUCAGAUGGAACGAACAUUCAACAAGAUAACCAGAGCAUUUGGUGAAACAAUCCGACGGGGACCUUUAAGGGAAAUUGAAUGGCAGUCUCAUUUGGACUCUGAAGGUAGAGUGCUUGGUAUUGAUGAGUUAUGGGCCAGGAUAUUCCAAGGAGGUGGACUUGAGCCUGGUUUACGUAAAGAGGUCUGGCCUCAUCUCCUAAAUGUGUUCCCCCCUGACUUGACCAAAGAAGAGAGAGAAAGGCACUUGAACAUGAAAUCAAAAGUUUAUGAACAUCUUAAAUCAAAAUGGAAAGCUCGAAAUCACAAAGAAAUAGAAUCCAUUACCCAUCUAAUAAUGAAAGAUGUGUUGCGAACAGACCGUGGGCACCCUUAUUUUUCUGUGCCAGAUGAUCAUAAGCACAUGGAUUCUUUGUUUAACCUGUUGACAACUUAUGCCUUAGAAAAUCCUGAUGUUUCUUAUGCCCAAGGAAUGAGUGACCUGGCAGCACCUUUGCUAGUUGUCUUUGAUGAUGACUCGGUAGCAUACACCUGUUUUUGUUCUCUAAUGGACAGAAUGAAAGGACAUUUUCUGUUGGAUGGGAAAGCAAUGACAGUCAAGUUUGAGCACCUUUCUCAGUUGGUCCAUCGCAUGGAGCCAGAACUGUUCAAGUAUCUUAUGAAUAUUGGGGCAGAUGACAUGUUUUUCUGUUAUCGCUGGCUUCUUCUUGAUCUGAAGAGAGAGUUUCCAUUUGAGGAUGCUCUGCAGUUGAUGGAUGUCACCUGGAGUUCUAUAACACAGCCAUCUAAAACCAGCUCAGCUGGUGGGGUGGCCAGAGUGAACUCAGCGGCAAUCCUCAUGCAGAAUGGCUACUUUGGAGAGGAUACCAGUGAUGGUGUAGAGCAAGAUUCAGACAGUGAUCUGGAGGAUAGUGCCUUUUGUCAAUUAAUGCCAAAAUCUGUGGAUCAAACAACAAAACUGCUUCCAUUGCCAGGCCCUUAUCAACUGGGUGAUGGCAAUCCUUUUGUUCUGUUUAUGUGCUUGGCCAUAUUAUCACUUCACAAGGAUCACUGCGUGCAAAAACAAAUGGAUUACAACACUCUUGCCAUGUACUUUGAUAAACUGGUGCGAAAGCAUGACCUUUCUAAAACACUUGUAAAAGCAAGAGCUUUGUAUGCUGUAUAUUUGAGCUCAUUUGGAGAUGCUAAGUGUGUUGAAACACCAGUUAAGGAAGAUUCUAAAGCACCAUGGUGUAGUCAAGAGCAACUUAUUGAUGUUCCACUCAAAACAAACCAUUUUGUAGAGUGUUGA